CCACAGAGGAGCCUGAACCCAAGCAAAGAAAUAAAAGCUUCAUAUGCAAGGAUGUGGCUUCAAGUUGCUCCAAAUCCAGACCUUCUCUGAACGAGGUGCUAUCAGAAGUUGAUGUGGCUGAGAUCUGCCAUCAAACCCUACUGAACUCUCUUGCUUUGCUGGUCUCAAUCCCUCUCCAUUACAAUGAGUGGCUUCUUCUCACGCUUGGACCCCAGACGCAUCCAGUGGGGUGCCACAUGGUACACCAUGCACUCCAGGAUUCUGCGCACCAAGCCUGUAGAGUCCAUGCUAGAGGGGACUGGCACAACCACCUCUCAUGGGACCAAGCUGGCCCAGGUCCUUACUACCGUAGACCUGGUUUCACUCGGAGUUGGAAGCUGUGUUGGCACUGGCAUGUAUGUAGUAUCGGGCCUGGUUGCUAAGGAGAUGGCAGGGCCUGGGGUCAUUGUUUCCUUCAUCAUUGCUGCAGUUGCCUCUAUUUUAUCAGGUGUUUGUUAUGCCGAGUUUGGAGUGCGGGUCCCGAAGACCACGGGCUCUGCCUACACCUACAGCUAUGUGACAGUGGGGGAGUUUGUGGCAUUCUUCAUUGGCUGGAACCUGAUCCUGGAGUACCUGAUUGGCACCGCAGCCGGUGCAAGUGCACUGAGUAGCAUGUUUGACUCCCUGGCAAAUCACACCAUCAGCCACUGGAUGAUCAACAGCGUGGGAACGUUGAAUGGCCUAGGAAAAGGAGAAGAAUCAUACCCAGAUCUUCUGGCUUUGGUUAUCGCUGUCAUUGUGACCAUCAUUGUUUCCAUGGGAGUGAAGAACUCUGUGGGAUUCAACAAUGUGCUCAAUGUCAUUAACCUGGCAGUGUGGAUCUUCAUCAUGAUAGCUGGAGUGUUCUUUGCCAAAGGUGACAAUUGGUCUGAGGGGCGGUUCCUACCCUUCGGAUGGUCAGGGGUGCUACAAGGCGCAGCUACUUGUUUCUAUGCUUUCAUUGGCUUUGACAUAAUCGCCACAACAGGAGAAGAAGCAAAGAAUCCCAAUACCUCCAUCCCUUACGCAAUCACAGCUUCGCUGGUCACGUGCCUGACAGCAUACGUGUCUGUGAGUGUUAUCUUAACACUGAUGGUGCCAUCCUCUGACAUUGAUACCGAAUCCCCUCUGAUGGAAAUGUUUGUAGCCCGUGGAUUCUACGCUGCUAAGUUCAUCGUUGCCAUUGGAUCUGUGGCUGGCUUGACAGUGAGCUUGCUGGGUUCCCUUUUCCCAAUGCCUAGAGUCAUUUAUGCCAUGGCUGGUGAUGGGCUGCUCUUCAGAUUCUUGUCCCACGUAAGCUCUUACACGGAGACUCCAGUGGUGGCUUGUAUUGUCUCAGGAUUUCUAGCAGCACUACUCUCCUUGCUGGUCAGCUUGAGGGACCUGAUAGAAAUGAUGUCCAUUGGCACACUCCUAGCCUACACUUUGGUCUCUGUUUGUGUCUUGCUUCUUCGAUAUCAGCCGGAGAGUGACAUUGAUGGCUUUGUCAAAUUCCUGUCUGAGGAGCACACCAAGAAGAAGGAAGGGAUUCUAGCAGACUGUGAGAAGGAAGUUUGUUCUCCCGUGAGCGAAGGGGAGGAGUUUUCUGGCCCACCCACCAACACAUGCGGUGCAAAAAAUCUACCCUCCUUGGGAGACAAUGAGAUGCUCAUUGGGAAGUCAGAUAAGUCCACCUACAAUGUCAACCACCCUAACUACGGCACAGUGGACAUGACCUCAGGAAUAGAGGCAGAUGAGUCUGAAAACAUUUACCUCAUCAAGCUGAAGAAGUUAAUAGGGCCACGUUACUACACAAUGAGGAUCCACCUUGGACUGCCAGGGAAAAUGGAUCGGCCGACUGCAGCCACUGGCCACACUGUCACCACUUGUGUGAUCUUGCUGUUCAUCUUGAUGUUUAUCUUUUGUUCUUUCAUCAUCUUUGGUGCAGACUAUAUCUACGACCAUAGCUGGUGGGCUAUUCUUCUGGUGGUUUUGAUGAUCCUGCUCAUCGUUGUAUUGGUUUUUGUGAUCCUGCAGCAGCCAGAAAACCCCAAAAAGUUGCCGUACAUGGCACCCUGUCUCCCUUUCGUCCCUGCCUUUGCCAUGCUGGUGAAUAUCUAUCUCAUGCUGAAGCUCUCCAAAGUAACAUGGAUCCGAUUUGCUGUCUGGUGUUUUGUGGGUUUGCUCAUCUAUUUUGGCUAUGGCAUGUGGAACAGCACCCUGGAGAUCAGCGCUCGGGAGGAGGCCCUUCAUCAGAGCACAUACCAGCGUUACGAUGUUGAUGUUGACCCCUUCUCCGUUGAAGAAGGCUUUUCCUACGCUGAGAAUGACAACUACCAGGACUGGGGAGCUUCUGAAGACAAAAGCUUCUCUUAUCAGCAGAUGUCGGAGGCAAAGGAAAGUAAUCGGACAGGUAGCAAAUCAAAAAGUAAAGGCAAACACAAACAGAAUUCUGAGGCCCUGAUUGCAAAUGAUGAGUUAGAUGACUCGCCAGAGUAAGGGUCAUGGGAACCAAACUGUAAUGCGCUCUCUCGCUAACCUAACCCGUGGGCUAGAAUGUGAAGGCUUCUCUGGCUCUCAUUGUAAACUCCAUCGUCCUCAAAAUUUCAGUGCCCAGAAUCAUGUCCCUCACUCUCUCACUUCUUCUCCAGGAUAGUCCUGGAUUCUGAGGUUGUCACUUUGAACAAAACAAACAAGUGGCCUGUUCUGUGUCCAUCUGUCAUGUCCUGUUUUGGUGAAUUUUACCAAAGGGGGCCAUCACUUGGAUGGAUUGAUUGACUAGCAGAUUCUUUCUGUGUCUAUUAAACCAUCAGCAUGCAUUAUAUUGAACACCUGGCAGUACUGACAACAUGAGUUAAUGGGAGAUGUGCCAAAUAGGAUGAGCAUAUAAUAAGUGAGCAGAGUCACGUGACCAGAUGAAUUGGUAAGGGCCUGAAACAUAUUCUCUGUGCUUUCCAUAGAGAAUAUUUAUCCCAUAAUACUGGCUUGAAGCUACUGUUAUAUAUUUGGCACUUUCUUAGCAAAUAUAUUUUUCCUUGAACCUUGUAGGAACA